GGCGGUAGGAAUGGCGGCUAAGAUUACUGGAGGAAGGAGCCCAAAGACCAUGAAACUUUACUUCUAACGGCCCAGCAGAGGAAUUCGUUUCCAGUGAUACGCAGGGUCGCCAUCCUGUAACGGAUUAAAGGGAGAAGAAGUGUUUUCCCGUCAGAUUAUCGCGGUAUUUGUGCCGGUCGAGGAGUGGGACGCACUUUGCGACUUGCUAGUUAGCUUAACGUUAGUGCUGCUGACUUUGAUUCAAGGUAGCUGUUAGCUCGGUGCUCCUCUAGCCAGCUGUUGGCUACUUGGCUUGACUGGCCCAACAAGUUAACUAAGUGAUUAACUGUAUGAAAGCGUCCCUCAUUUGAAUUUUUGAAUGGUGAUAAACUCUCUUCGUCAACAGAUAGCGUCAGGGGUUUUUACUCAGAGUGGGAUAAGACGACAACAAGUCGACACAGCGCGUUGAGAACAUUAUUACAGCUAACUACAUCGUUAGCUAGUGCAGUAACGCUAGCUAAGUUGGGAUCCUGAAGUCUCGCCCAUUUUUUGGAUCCUGCCCCAGCCAUUGGCUAAGGGCUAAUCUACAGCCAACUAGUCUGGUUUUCAGGGUCGACUGGUGCUACGAUGGAAAGUCUAACGCUGAGUGAUAUCGAGCAGAAAUAUUACUCGGAUUUGUUCGUCUACUGCGACACGGACAACACAAAAAAAGUGGCUUCAAAUGGGAGAGUUCUUGACCUUUUCCGGGCGGCCCAGCUACCCAGCGAAGUUGUCCUGCAGAUCACAGAGUUGUGUGGAGCCACUCGGCUGGGCCACUUUGGGCGGAGCCAGUUCUACAUCGCUCUGAAGCUUAUUGCCAUCGCCCAGUCAGGUCUGCCCCUGAGGGUGGAGAGCCUCAACUCGGUCAAAGACCUGCCGCUGCCCAGGUUCGUGGUGGGGAAGAACGAGGCCGAGGCGAGGCAUGCAGCGCUGUAUCAGGACACAGACAGUCAGGGGUUAUACCCAGCCUCUGCUACAGCAGUAAUACCCAGACCACCGGGCAGGGGGCACCAGAACAAGAAGGGCCCACCGUCAACCACAGCACAUCCUGUUCAUGAGGUCAUCCAGCCUUUGGCACCCAGCAUAGAACCACAGCCUGAGCCAACGUCCCCGGUGGUCUCCCCUCACCAGUCUCCCCCCACCUCCCCACACACGUGGAGGAAACACAAGCGGCAGCACAGCGGAGGAAACACAGAGAGACAGCCUGUGGUGGCUGCAACUGGAGCAGUGUGGACGCAGUUCAGAGACCCACAAGCAGCUCCAGUGACCGGUGAUGGCAUGUGGUCGUCUCACUCGCCCCCUCCUCCCAGUCAGGAAAGCUGGGUCAGUUUCACAGCAGACACCCCGCCAUCCAGCGCAAUCCCCGCCAUGCACCCCUCGUCAGUCCAGGAAAGCACAACGAUACGAACAGUGGCCUCAGCAGCAACGACCAAUGAGAUCCAGCGACAGUCCAGCGGCUACGAUGAUCCAUGGAAGAUAACAGAUGAGCAGCGACAGUAUUAUAUUAACCAGUUUAAAACCAUCCAGCCAGACCUCACAGGCUUCAUACCUGGUUCAGCUGCAAAAGAGUUCUUCACCAAAUCAAAACUACCCAUUUUAGAGCUGUCACAUAUUUGGGAGCUGUCAGACUUUGAUAAAGACGGAGCCCUGACCCUGGACGAGUUCUGCGCCGCCUUUCACCUUGUCGUGGCCAGAAAGAAUGGCUAUGACCUCCCUGAGAAGCUGCCCGAAAGCCUGAUGCCAAAGCUGAUUGACCUGGAUGACUCAGCAGAAGUGCCAGAGCCGACCGCUGAUGUUGGAUACUCAGGCUCCCCGGUGGAGGUCACACCCAACAAAUCUCCCUCCAUGCCUUCCCUCAACCAGGCCUGGCCCGAGAUGAACCAGAGCAACGAGCAGUGGGAGACGUUUAGCGAGCGCUCCUCCAGCUCACAAACUCUGACCCAAUUUGACUCUAACAUUGCACCAGCUGACCCUGACACAGCCAUCGUUCACCCGGUCCCCAUCCGGAUGACGCCCAGUAAGAUCCACAUGCAGGAGAUGGAGCUGAAAAGGACGGGCAGUGAUCACAACCACCCCACCAGUCCACUGCUCGCAAAACCUCCUGAAAUGCCUGAAGAAACCAAAUUACCUGCCUCUAUGAAGUUUGUAGCCGCCAACACAGUAGGUGAUGGUUAUAGCAGUUCAGACUCCUUCACCUCAGACCAGGAGCCAAUCACAAGACAAAGGUCUCAGUCGGGUACGUCUCCAGAAGCUCUGAAGGUAGUCGCUGCUCCUCCUCCACCUCCACCCCGCCCUCACCCCUCUCACUCCCGCUCCUCAUCCCUCGACAUGAACCGCACCUUCGCUGCCACGACGGCACCAGGACAACCACAAUCCUCUACGAUAGCGUACCCACCUGCUGUGCCUCCUCGACCUCUGCCCACACAGACAUCGUUGCCUCAUAGCGGACUCACUGAGGCUGCACCAGGAGGAGCGCCGGUGCUAACAGCCACCUCCCCACAGCAGAUCCCUCAGCAGCCCAAUUUUGCAGACUUCAGUCAGUUUCAGGCGUUUGCUGCGUCUGAACAGCCUUCGAGCCUGCCGGAGGUCGAUAUCCACAGUGAGGCGGGACAGGCGGAGAAGCCAUCAGAGGGAGCCGGCCCUUUAAGAACAGUAAAGAGCGACAGCCAAGCAGACGAGAGAACGUCAGCCACUGUCAACUCGACCAAGGGUUCCUCUGGUCCGAUAGCCCCUCCUCCUAAACCUGUACGCCGAAGGUUGAAAUCUGAAGAUGAGCUUCGACCAGAGGAUGAGCAACACGGCCCGCAGAAAUCCAACGUCAUAGCUGCUGUUCUGGCCACUCAGCCCUCCAUCCCAAGGUCAGUAGGAAAGGACAAAAAGGCAAUACAAGCUUCAAUUAGAAGAAACAAGGAGACGAACACAGUGUUGGCACGACUUAACAGUGAACUGCAGCAGCAGCUGAAGGACCUGCUUGAAGAAAGGAUAUCCCUGGAAGUGCAGCUGGAGCAGCUCAGACCUUUCUCCCACCUUUAACCAACGUGAAGAGGAAAACUCUGCUGUAGUUUUCAUUUGAAGCGACGCUGUGUGAAUCCCUCUCUCCUUCAUCCUCCGCACAUCUUAGCUUCCCCCGGAGACGUCUGCCCGCCGCAGGACGCUCUGAUAAAACUCGCUCAAUCACACAUCCUAUUAAUCAUAAACCAGAAGAACCUGAGAGCGCAUUCUCACCAAGACUAAUGUGAGGAGGGGGAUUUACAAACUGGCACUUUUUAAUUUCCUCUGAGGAGAGUGAGGAGAAAGCAAAUAGAUGAACGGUUUGGAGUGGCGGACAAGAAGCUACGAGACAAACUGCUAGUGUCUGAUUAUUUUACUCUCUGAAUGACUGAAGAAGAAAGACAGUGUGUUUGUCGUGUGUGUGAGACUGUUUCUGCUCCUGUUGAGUCACGUACAUGAAGUCAGCACCCGUUUGUUUUAUCUCACAAGAGGUACAGACUCUGCCAUUCCAAACUCCCUUUAAAAGUCUGAUGACUUUAAAACAUGUCAGUAUUUCUGAGGUAGCUUUUACCCUCUAAUGUAUCACUUUAAAUGCAGAUUCAGAAAUGGGCCACAACUGUAAGAGAAAAGGACUGAAACAUUGUCAAAGAUGCAUCUUUCUACAGAAUAUUUUACCUUUUGAGUUCUGAAAAGCACUGUGAAAGGUCAGAUAAGCAUGUCUCAACACAUGCUAAAGCCUUUUCGAACAUGAAGGAGUCCACUUGGAAUCUGCGUCUAAUACACAGUGAAAACUCAGAUCUAAGCUGGUUUAUUUGUCUUAUUUCUGGUCAAAAAUAUCAAAUUAUAUUUGUUGUACGCCACAUCUACCUACAAACCCAGAUAAAUCUUAUUUAAAGAUAUAAAAAGCAAAAAUAAUACUAGUAAUAAGGCCUGAAUUGCUUGUAAUGAGCAAAACUAGACACUUUAAGGUAUAAAGAUAGAGUCUAGAGUACAGUGGUGGGUCAGUAAGGAGGGCUAGGCUGGUUUUGUGGAGGUGUGUCUGGUUGAAAUCUAGUUUCUUUAAUGGUGUAGGGACAUAGUUUGUUUGGAUCUAGAGCUAGUUAAUUGUAUUGGGUAAUGGCACCUGGCUGCAGACAUCAGACAUCUAUAAACACAUGCACGCUUGGACAUCCAUAAUCUACAGUCUCGAACUGAUCUCGAUAAGAUGAGGGUACUAAACAGUCAACAAACGCUUUAUUACUGUACAUAAAUUUCAUAUACAGAGUUCGAAAAGUGCAGACAUAUUCCAGUUUGUGCUCCCGGCGGACGGGAGUUAGACACAAAGCAUUUUGGGAACCCAGUGCAGCGCGAGGUCAGAAUACACAGGGGUUUAUGAUCCAUGUCCACAAAGUGGUGUGGCUUGGUUCAGUAGUUUUGCCAUGGUUUAGCACAUUUGACUCUGAUCUUGCCCGUGCUUCCUCAGCUGAUGUUUGUCUCAACAGCCUCCAGCCUUGCUCGUCUCUUUUAAGAGAUCCAGAUCAUUUGUCUCAGCUCAGUAGAGCUGCUUGUUUGGCUCCCAAAGGGGUCAUAAUGUGGUAACAGUCUGGCUUUUUAAAUGUGGAUUAAAUAACAACAAAGGAUGGAGGAAAGGAAACUGGCUACAGUGGCUAACAUGAGAGUCGUUUUGUAGCACAGACUUGUUCACCCAGUCACUCACGCAACAAGGUUUAUUUAGGCGACAGGACAUCACAGUUUAAAUUAAAAGCAUGUUCAUGACAGAACAGAUUUUUUUAAAUGUCAAAAGGACUCAAAGGACUCUUAUCUACCUUCACCUGCUAGAUGGCGCUAUGGGGUCAGCAGGACUGAGUAGUUGGUGAUAUUGAUUGCCUCCAUGCCAGGUAAAUCAGUUAAACAGGAAAAUAAUCACUUUUAUGUAAAGUGUAAGGAUCGUAUUUAACGGAUGUAGAGUUUUCUAACAAUUACAGUUGUGUCGAGGUCUAUUUGGAGCUGCUAAGUACUAACUCUCUUCUGUUCCCAUUCAUUCCUAACGGCUAUUCCCCACUUGCUCAUCCCCAACGGACAUUCAGGAUCACAUCAAACAACCUAUAAAUAGAUACACAAAAGGUGACCCUAAGAGAUGGAUAUAUUUUGAUAAAUAUCUGAGUUUUGCAAGCAAUUCAACACAUAUUUUCUUCAGUUUUGUAUCUUCAAAUACGAUGCUUGUCAGCUGAAUUCGGCUCAUAUUUGGCGUAAUGAUAUAUUUUUGAUUAAACUAGAUAAACUUGCUAAGAUUUGAGUUUUUUCAGUGUAGUUUGCAACGUAAAACUGACAGAUUAGACAGGAGUUUGUUUUGGUGGGUCUCUUCAUAAAACAUACCGGGCUGCUUCUUCGUCCUGACUGGAGUCGGUGUGCGUCUGUGUGAGGCCUUGUGGCUGAAGGUGAAGGCUUGUUUGACACGUGACAGCCUCCCUUGUCUCACUGCCCCUGAAGUCUACAGAAGUGUAUGAGUGAGUGAAUGAACACGCUCUGUCUUCUUCUUUCCUUAUGUUACAGUGUUUUGGGUGAUCGAUGUGACUGAAUGAGUUAACUUUAUGCCAAAUGACUGAACUGGCGCUCUGGGCUGUUUCACUCAUACAUUUCAGCUUCCUGUUUGACCUCCCGUCUUUUCCUUCACCUUGAUAAGAAAAUGUUUCACUUUGAAGGGUUUGAAGAUGAUCUACAUGGCAUUCAUGAAGAAGUGUUCCUGUGAUUUCUCCCGGCACAGAUCCAAACCGAGGGCGCGGAAAUGAGUCGAUUAAAAGCUGUUUUCCAAUCAAGCAGUCGGCACUAUGCAAGUACGGGGCGAUACAUCUCCACACAACUAUACUUAGCUGUUUGUACUAUGAUAGUAGCAACUGUGUGAGCAGUAUACUCUGACUUUUUGUAUCUUAGAUCUUCCAAAAACACCAUUUACUGUACAUUUGUGAUUCAUUUUGCCUUUUUUUUUCUUUCAGCACUGUUUUAAAGUCCACUUCCUCCCUCUUGAAGCUCCAUGUAGCUCCAGAGGGGGGAAUAAACUCCAGACCAGUGCUUUUUUUUUAAUUUUCAAUCAGGGCACUUUCACCCUAAAUCUGCAAGAUACGACCCUCGCUGGUUGUAGAUGAAGCUUAACACAUGGAGAGCAGUCAGCAGAGUGGGAGACCUGAAUGACCCAACUGCACUUUGAACUAAACCCCGGCUUUUCCCCCCUUUUUUGUCUUCUUUUACAUGCAACGUCUCUUCUUUUACCUAGCACGGUUUCUCGUCUUUCAUGCAUAUUUAAGAAGAAAGCAAAAUAAUGAACCACUUGAGUUAUGAGUAAGAUUUUCCCGUCUUUAUUUUUGUUUUGAAUCUAAAUGUUUGGUCCCUGGAGCUUCCUGUGUGUCGAAGAAUCCGUCUUCUAAAAAGCCUUACUCCCCCCCCGACUGGCGUUCAGGUUUCACGGCAGCUGACUGACCUCUCUCCUCCUUGUCGUAUCAAGGCUCGCCUUCUUUUCUCUGCUGUUGAGGACGAUGAUGUAUUGGUGUGUGCGUGUGAGUGUGUAUGUCGUUACCAGACCUGGAUCUAAUACCAUUUAAAACCCUAUUAAAAACCUCCACGUGGGAUUGAUUCAUGUUUGCUAGCACAGCAGCUCCUGAACCCAAACAAAGGCAAUCCAGGCAGGCAGAAGCAAUCAAUCAUCAACUCAAGUCUUUGAUGGGAUUUUAAAGGCUAUUCGCUCCCAGAUCUGUGGUGUAUAUUGUAUAUGAAAACACACUUUUGGACUCAUAUGUAAAUUUGCAUUAAUUGCUGACUAACAGCGAAAGAAUAUUCUAUUUAAUUCCUUCUCUCUUGGCUGUGGGAUCCUAGAUGUUUAACUGCAUGGAUGUACUGUAUCUCUGCAGAGUCAACUAGCAGCUGUGUGAUUUUUACACAAAAAUAAAA